AUCGUAGUCACAGCAAAUGUCCAAAACUGGUUUUCUGUUGUUCGCCGAGCUGAAGUUCUAUUUCGUAUAAAAAGUCGGCGAUACCUGGUGGUUGCAUCACAAGUCAUUCGACAAGGGUGCCGGAUAGUCACAUAUAAUUCAACAUGAAGAGCAUCCUCAUCGUUUGCGUCCUCGCCCUGGCGGCCGCGGCCUCCGCGCGCCCCGAGACUUACACCGACAAGUUUGACAAUGUCAAUCUCGACGAGAUCCUGGAGAACCGCCGGCUGCUGGUCCCGUACGUCAAGUGCGUGCUUGAGCAGGGCAAGUGCACUCCUGAUGGCAAGGAGCUUAAAUCGCACAUCCAAGAAGCUCUAGAGAACAACUGCGCCAAGUGUACAGAAACUCAACGCCGCGGCACCCGCCGCGUGCUCGCUCACCUCAUCAAUCACGAGGCGGAUUACUGGAACCAACUCUGCGCGAAGUACGACCCCGACCGCAAGUACGUCAACAAGUACGAGAGUGAACUUAAGUCUGUCAAGGCUUAGACUUGGACCGCUGUAGCGACAUGUGAUACUUUUGUAGAUUAGUGCA